AUGGCCCCCAAAGUCAAGGCCGUUCGCUCGCGGGCCAAGCCCCCCGCCCGUCCCAGCGACCCGACCGUGCCGCCGGCCCCCUUCAAGGCGCCGGCGUCGGUGCUGGCGCCGUUCCUCGCCCACCUCGACCCGGCGCACGUCUACAUCACGCACAUCGACCUCAAGCCGCGCGACUUCAAGCGCAACAUCUUCCUCGUGCCGCUCGGCAUGAACGUCGUCGUCGUGCUCCUCUUCCUGCUGCGCACCUGGUCCAUCACGCCGUACUACUGGCGCCUCGUGCAGUCGGGCCUCGGCACCGCCAACGAGACGACCUUCCCGGCCGCCACGGCCACCUGGGCCCAGAUCGCCUGGGAGGUCGCCAAGCGCGGCGCCACCUUCUCCCUCGACCUCGUCCUCGUCGUCUUCGUGUGGCCGUGGCCCGUCGAGUUCGCCCUCGGCCGCACCCACGGCAACCCGCUGCGGUGGCGCCGCCGCGUCGGCUUCCGCGACAAGGAGAUCUACGUGCGGCGCAGCCGCGACUGGGACCGCAAGCUCCGGACGCGCGGCGCCGACGGUGACGGUGACGGCGACGGCGCCGACGUGCUCCAGAGCGCCGAGACGCGCGGCGCCCUGCUGGCCCUCGUCCGCCAGGCCACGUCGCCCAUGCUGCAGCACGAGAAGACGGGCUACCUGACCAUGAACGGCGAGUGGGACCUCGACUGGGAGGCCAUGGUGACGGCGCACGCCAUGGUCGACCGCAAGGCGAUCGCCGUCGACGCCUUCCGCGCCGUCGUCCUCGUGCACCACGUCGAGUACGGCUGGAUGGCGCUGGCGCAGCCCAGGGAGGACGCCGCGCAGGAGGCCGACGUCGACGUCGACGCCCGCCGCCGGCAGGUCUUUGAGUUCCGCGACGCCCUCGCCGCCGUCGGCAAGGAGGACCUGUUCUUCCGCUGGAUCGAGAUUGUGCAGUACGAGUCGACGCAGCCGGGCGGCUUCGGGCCCGAGCGCCAGGUCGAUGCGGCCAAGAAGAUUCGCGACCUGUUCAGCAAGGAGGGCAUUGACUUUGACGAGUUUUGGAAGGAGAGCGUCGGCGAGGAUGCCGAGGCGGCUUUUUAG